AUGUCCGCACUCACAUCCACCCUCCUCCUCCCCCCACCCAGCCGCCGCCCUCCCUCCCCGCCACGCAUCUGCACCGCCGUUCCAAUCUGCCACACCAUCAUCCCCCAAUACGCCUGCGCGCACAGAGACCCUGUCAGACGGUACUGCGCUGCGGCGCUCCAGCUCUCAGAUCCACCGACCCUCUGUGGCGUCCCUAAGGUGCAGACGAUCCCGCUCCCGAAUCGGAAGUGUCCGACCUGCGUUGCGAAGGCGAGAGCGCAGCGGCAGAGAGCGAGGGAGGUAGCGAAGGCAGAGAAAGCGAGAUGCGAGGAAGAGGAGCAGGCGGAGAGGUUGAGGAGGGUGGAGGAGGAUAAGAAGAAACGGGAUUGA